AUGGUGCCAUCGUCAUUUUGCAACAAAUGCUUGGAAGACAGGAAAACAAGACUGGUAACAAAGGGACCACAAAAGCAGCUUUACACCAAGCUAAAAAAUAAUUGGUUAAAAUUCAGACCUAAGGUUGAGGAGAACUUUCAGCUCGUGGUUAAGUUCAACUAUGAAACUUCAACUUUAGUAGAACAGAACUUGGCUAUUAAAGCUAAGGACUACUGUGAAAAAAUGAUGUUAGAAAGAAAGUUUCAGAGAGGAGAUUAUGAAUACUUAAAUAAGCUUAUCUACUUCUAUCUAGGUGGAGAAAUCCCAAACUUCAAAUUCAGGCAACCUUCGGCUUGUCAUGAGGCCAGGUUUAUGAGUGACAGUCUAUAUAUCCUUGUUCUUUUCAUGACAUCAAAUAUUUUAGAACUUUUAGAUGAAAGCCAGAUUGAAAAAUUCAAGCAGCUUAGCAAUUAUAUAGCACUAUUUCAUGGACCUAACUUUUUAAGAUGUGGUCUCACUGAACAAGCUCCGAACUUGGAUCUAACUCUUGUUAAAGAACUACAUCUGUAUCGUAGCAUUGACGAAAAAAUAACCGAUUCAGUUGUUAAAUCUAUCAACCUGCACUCCUGGUAUUUAACGUCAAAUUUGGUUGUUUUAUGUCUUGCAGAUGCAACCCUUCCCUCAGAGGAAAGAGAAAAGGUAGCAAAAAAACUUUUUGAAACUGAAAAACCUGCUGCUUUUGAAAAGAUUAAGCCAAGUCUACCGGAACUUUCUCCAGAAACGCAGUUGGUUGAUUGCGUAGGUCCCGAUAGCUGGUUGAUUUUUGACAUUUUGAAUCUUUAUGACAAUGAAUGGCUUCAAAUUGACGCCGAAAACUGGUCCUUCUUUGGGAAUUAUCGAACAUUCGAAAAGUUUGCGAAAAAUCUAAAAAGUAUUAAUGAUUUUGCAGAAAGAAAUAUCCGUCUUAUUCAAGAUUUUGUUCUUUCUUCUCCAGUAGAGGAUAGAAGACAAAACAAUAUUAUGUCGGCAAAAAACCAUAGACAAAUCCUAACAAAAACAUUGACCAAGGAAAAUGAAACACCGCUUACUCUGGCUGCUGCACAUGGCCAUUCCUCAGUUGUGGAGAUAAUAGAAAAUGCACAGAAAAGGAAGCCAGGAAGCAGAAAGGAAGAAAAGGAAGUUAGGAGGCAGAAAGGAAGAAAAGGAAGCCAGGAGGUAGAAAGGAAGAAAAGGAAGUUAGGAGGCAGAAAGGAAGAAAAGGAAGCCAGGAGGUAG